UCCUUCAAACAAACAUGCAGGUCCAAAUUAUCUUUGUUGCUGUUUUAUUUCUUGCCGUUUCGAUUGCCGAAAAGGAGCAAUCCAAUUACAGACAAGUGAAACCCGCAUACGAGCAGAAGCAAGUAGCAAUGCCAUACGCGUUCUCCUGGGUAGUGAAGGAUGAACCCAGUAUCAACGAUUAUGCGCAUCAGCAAGAAAGCGAUGGCAAGGUGACCACUGGAUCUUAUCGUGUCGUCUUGCCGGAUGGCCGCAAUCAGAUGGUGGCCUACCGAUCUGAUGAAAACGGAUACGUUGUCGACGUGAAAUUCGAAGGUGAAGCCAAAUAUCCGCACCAUCAACUUUCCUUAUACAACAACAAGCAAAGCUAUCCCCUUCCUAAAGGCAAUGCGGAUAUCCCGAAGGCAUAAUAUUUCAGAUAAACACACUUGAAGACUUUAGGAAUGUGAACCCAACGGGUCUUAUAUUUGUAUAUACGUGCGAU